GCCACGCCCUCGCGGUACAGCACGAAGCUCAUGUUCCUCAGGCGGCCCGCGCAGCGCAGGCUCAAGUUGGCGCCAGGAGCCACCACCGGCCCGGGCAGCGCCACCAGCGACGGCCGCGGGAGCUUCUCUGCGGAGACGGGGACCUCACCUGUCACCAGCAGCUCCAGGGCAUCGCUGGGCUGGGACCAGACACCCGGCCCCCAUUCUGGCCUUCGGUAGCAGCAGCGGUAACUUCCCCCUUGGGCUGGAGUCACCUCCUCCAGAAAGAAUUCUGCCAGCUCGGAGGACACAUCCCGGAAGAGAAGGGGAGCGAUCUCUCCAGGCUUGAAAAGUCCAAAUCUCCAAGCAGGUUGGGGUGCCCGGCACCUCAAGGUCACGUUGACCCCAGGGGUCACAACUGUAGCCGGCUGAGCUCCCAGCCAUGGCUUAGGGUAGUAUGAAGCUGGGGGGACUGAAUAAACGGGGCUGCCUGGGUCCUCGGGCCUCCUGGGAGCCCCAGAAGAUGAAAGGGAAGUUGGGGAAGGAGGAAAAUCACCUUGGACGAUUACUGCCCCUUUCUUAGCCUCAGUUUCCUGUUUGUAAAAUCGGGGAGAGACUGGACUACAAUCAAGGCUUGUUAAAACCAGACAGGGUUUACCAUGUUAGCCAGGAUGGUCUAGAUCUCCUGACCUUGUGAUCCGCCCGCCUCGGCCUCCCAAAGUGCUGGGAUUACAGGCGUGAGCCACGGCUCCCGGCCCAGACCAGGUCAGUUUCUUAAGUGAUCUGAGCUAUAAUGGCGGUAACAGGGCACUUAGCCCGCAGAAAGCUCCUAACCCAACUGGGAUGAGACCUAGCGCUUCCAGGACGAGCUGAUGUUGAGCUGAGACCUAGAAGGACAGGUGGGUCGCAGCAGGAGGACUAGUCACUCCGGAGCGACUUCUAGGCUGAGACUAAGGAGGUUCCACGCAGGUCCGCAAAGUCAGGCUUACGCUUGCUCCUGACACUACUUCCUUUACCUCCGCGGCUCCAUCUUUGUUCUGCGCAAGUGCGCACGCGCAGUCUCCGAAAGCGGAACCUCGCACAGAGGGACCACAACUCCCAGAGUGCUCCGCGUCCUGGCUUUUUCCCUCCACUUCUGCUCCAGGGCGCACGCGCAGCCCGGGGAGCGGUUUCUCGCGCAUAAGGACCACAACUCCCAGAGUGCUCCGCGUCCUCGCCGCUGUCGCCGCCGCCGAGACCAAGAUGGCUGCGAGAGUCGGCGCCUUCCUCAAGAAUGCCUGGGACAAGGAGCCAGUGCUGGUCGUGUCCUUCGUCGUCGGGGGCCUCGCUGUAAUUCUGCCCCCAUUGAGCCCCUACUUCAAGUACUCCGCCAUGAUCAACAGGGCCACGCCCUACAACUACCCAGGGCCCUGGAGACGUGCUGGUCUCAGUGGCCCACCUCCUGUCCCACAGUGCCCGUCCGCGAUGAUGGGAACAUGCCCGACGUGCCCAGCCACCCCCAGGACCCUCAGGGCCCCAGCCUGGAGUGGCUGAAGAAACUGUGAGCACUUCCACUGACAGAGGCGGCCCCUCUCACGGCUCCCAAUAAAAAUGUGAAAACCAA